UUUGCCUCAUAAGCUGUUCCUCCAAACCCCUGUCAAACUUGGCCGCCCCCUCUAUCUCCUGCCAUGGCCGCUGCCGUCACUUUCGCCGCCCCCGCUCUCCCCUCCCUCCACUCCUCGUCCUGUUCUCUACCUCCUCUCACUCACCGCUCUCUCUCCUUCGUCGCCUUUACCUCCCCGACCAUCACUAAGCUCUCCUUUCAUCGUUCCUCGAGACGCUUCUCUUCUGCUCCCUCCACUUCCGUCUUCUCCAUCAAAGCUGCCGCUGCUGCCGCCGACAAGAAGCGGGUCCUCGUCGUCAACACUAACAGCGGCGGGCACGCCGUCAUCGGCUUCUACUUCGCCCAGCAGCUUCUCAGCUCUGGCCAUGAGGUCACCGUUCUCACCGUCGGAGAUGAGAGCUCCGACAAGAUGAAGAAACCCCCCUUCACCAGAUUCUCUGAAUUGGUGAGCGCUGGGGGCAAGACAGUGUGGGGCAACCCUGCGCAAGUGGGCGACAUUGUUGGCACGGCCAAAUUUGAUGUUGUUCUUGAUAACAAUGGCAAGGAUUUGGACACUGUGAAGCCCGUUGCGGAUUGGGCUAUAUCUGCUGGAGUGGAACAAUUUCUCUACAUUAGUAGUGCUGGAAUUUACAAGCCAUUGGAUGAGAUCCCUCAUGUUGAAGGGGAUCUUGUCAAAGAUGAUGCAAGUCAUGUAUUGGUGGAGAAAUAUAUGGCAGGAUUAUCUUUUAGUAGCUGGGCAGUGUUUCGUCCACAAUACAUGAUAGGAUCCGGAAACAACAAAGAUUGUGAGGAGUGGUUCUUUGAUCGAAUUGUUCGUGAUCGACCAGUUCCAAUCCCUGGAUCAGGGAUGCAACUGACCAACAUCGCACAUGUAAGGGACUUGUCUAGCAUGCUGUCUCUUGCUGUCGAGAACAGCGCUGCUGCAAAUGGCAAAAUCUUCAACUGUGUAAGUGAUCGUGCUGUAACUUUUGAUGGAUUGGCAAAACUAUGCGCUCAAGCAGCUGGCCGCGAACUAAAGGUUAUCCACUAUGACCCAAAGGCUGUCGGAAUUGAUGCUAAAAAAGCAUUUCCUUUCCGGAAUAUGCAUUUUUAUGCUGAACCAAGAGCUGCCAAGGAGAUAAUGGGAUGGACUAGCAGUACCAACCUUCCUGAAGAUUUGAAGGAGCGGUUUGAUGAGUAUGUCAAGAUCGGCAGAGACAAGAAGCCGAUGCAAUUUGAUAUUGAUGAUAAGAUCUUGGAGUCUCUUAAAGUCGCAGUUACUGUAUAGAGUGCCACUUUCAUUGAUCUGCUACCAGAGUUUGUGCUUAUCAUCAUCUUGUAUGUAUCGACGCAUAUUGAUCAAGGAUUGUGCAUAUCAUCUACACGCUCUUAAAUAAAAUUUAUGGAGUUGGUAGGUGUUCUGAUUACUUGUAGGGUCAAAAGGAUCAGUUCUUCUGUAAGCUAAAUUUGCAUGUUAAUGCUCUGGAAUGCGGUUGCACUUGAAAUUUA